AUGACUGUCCCACGGAUUUGGUGCCUGUCCCGUCCAUUCGGCGUGCCUGCCUGCCUGCCUGCCUCGUCCAUUCGGCGUGCCUCUUUACCUGCCUGUCCCGUCCAUUCGGCGUGCCUCUUUACCUGCCUGUCCCGUCCAUUCGGCGUGCUUCCCUGCCUGCCUGUCCCGUCCAUUCGGCGUGCCUCUUUACCUGCCUGCCUCGUCCAUUCGGCGUGCCUCUUUACCUGCCUGUCCCGUCCAUUCGGCGUGCCUCUUUACCUGCCUGUCCCGUCCAUUCGGCGUGCUUCCCUGCCUGCCUGCCUCGUCCAUUCGGCGUGCCUCUAUGCUUGCCUGUCCCGUCCAUUCGGCGUGCCUCUAUGCUUGCCUGUCCCGUCCAUUCGGCGUGCCUCUCUGCCUGUCUCGGCUAGUUGUCUACCGGAACCGGCUAGUUGGUGUUUCUCUCUUUCUCUAUCCCAUCCAGUUGGUGUAUCUCUGUCUGUAGCAUGCAGUUCCUUUGUCUCUCCCUGGACUCGGCAGGUUUGCUGUCUCUCUCCGGGACUGUCCCUAUCUAUCCGUUUGUUAAUUUGUUUUACCUUCUCUGCCUCGCUAAUCUAA